UGAUAGAGGAUUUGAGUUGUUCAUGUUGUCCGAGGUUACAUGUCAAGAUCGAACAUGACGUCAAGGUUGGGUUUAACCGUUCUGGUCUUGAUUCUAUCGAGGCUCGCUGUGGCCUUUGUCCCCAUCGGGGGCGGGGCCUCCUCUCAUAUCAGUAUUACAGGAACGGCCCUUUUGCAAAAAGUGACAGAAACGUGUCGAGCUGUGGCAGAGGCUGCUGGUCAUGAGUUCGAACCCGCGGGUUCUUCUCCAGGGGAGCUGGUCCAAGCUUGCCUUGGUCCAAGAGCUACAGGUCAGGUGUCAGGUGUGAAGUUUCACUCAGCUCUACAGGAGAUUUAUGCACAAAAUGGGCUUGUCGAUCGGAAUUUUGUCAACAGUGCACCACAUCAUUUCAAUUCUGAGGCCUUUUUAGAGGGACGUAGUCUCAUUACAAAUGGUGUGACCUCUAUCAAGGCUAAUGUUCGGAUUGGGAACUUCAAGGCUGCCCGAGAAACACUGGGUCGAAUACUUCAUACACUACAGGACUUCUAUAGCCACAGCAACUGGGUGGAGUUGGGUUACACAGACCCGUAUGUCGCUCUCAUACGUCCUGACCUUCCUUUAGAAAAUCUUGCAGACAUUGAUACUGCCACCUGUAGUGACUGUGCCACAGGAACAUGUCCCAACCCAAUUCUUCAAAAUAUCCUGAAAGAGAAGAAACUAACUUCUGGCUAUAUGGGAAUUCUUUCUGCUGGCAAGCCCCAAGGUAAAUGUAGCCACGGAGGUGAAGCUGAUCUCACCAGCGCAGUAGUUCCCCGAGGAGGAAUCAGUAAGGAUGAGCGUCGCUCUGACAAUUUGGCCUUCCACAAUGCCGCUGUAAAUGCAGCCACAGUCGCCAGCCUCCAACUUCUGGAGGACAUCCGCUUGACGACAGGAAAUAAUGAUUUCCUCAGAUUGAUGGCGAUCACUCGUUCCUCUGUUGUGUGUUUUGUUAUUGACAAUACUGGCAGUAUGUCAGAUGACAUUGAAGCGGCCAGAAAAACUGUGUACAAAAUCAUUGACAGCAAAAAAGGAACGCAGGAUGAACCGUCAGAAUAUAUUUUGGUAACCUUCAAUGACCCAUAUUUUGGACCAUUAUUCAGAACAACAGAUGCUGAUAAAAUGAAAAAAGAAAUUUCAAAGAUAAAAGCAACAGGAGGCGAUGACCCCCCCGAAAUGUGCUUGUCAGGACUUCAGUUGGCUCUCACCGGUUCUCCGCCCUCCUCCCACAUCUACGUCUUCACAGACGCCACAGCUAAAGACAUCCACCUGAAAAACACCAUUGUGGCCCUCAUCAGAAGCACCAAGUCAACGGUAUCGUUCUACAUCACCAAGAACAUUGGAAGACGCCGCCGUUCUGUCAGGGCUGGUUCCUUCAAUGACUACAGGGAACUGGCUCAGGCUUCAGGAGGUCAGGCCAUACAGGUGUCCAAGGGUCAGUUGCCUCAGGCCACAACCGUCAUCCUUGAUACCUCCACUUCAGCUUUGGUGACAGUUUUUCAUAGAGCAAUGGAUCCUGGGAAGACAGCAACCUUCCCUUUUAUGCUGGAUGAAUCUCUACAAAACGUCACAAUCUACAUCACAGGAACUUCCAUAACAUUCACACUAACCAACCCUGCAGGUGUGACUCAAAGUAAUACUGAGACCACUGGUGCGCUGGCAUUCAUUCAGACAGUCGGCAACCUGAGAAGAAUUCUUCUCAAUGUAGACAAACAAGCGGGCUCCUGGAAAAUCUCCAUUAACUCCAGACAUCCAUACACGGUUAAAGUCACAGGCCAAAGUACUAUUACCUUUAUCUACGACUUUGUGGAGAGCUUCAAGGGACCUCACCCAGGUUAUGCAGUGCUCAGCGGGCUUCCACAGGCUGGCCACCCAGCCACCUUGAUCCUCUCUAUAAUGGGAAGAAAAGGUCCCUCCUCCCUCACUGUAGAAAACGUUGGCCUUGUGGUGUCCAACACUGGAGCUGAAAGUAACGGUACAAUAACUGACAUGGGCAACGGAGACGCCUUGGUGACAGUUGAUGCAGUCCCUGCUGGGGAGUUUGUGGUCAUCCUGAAAGGAACUGACAAGGUGUCAAGCAGUGCAUUUCAGAGGCAAUCCACCACUCUGUUGUCUGUCUCCAAAGUGAACAUCCAGGCUAUGGUGGACAAGAGUCUGGAGCCUGGGGAAGGCUUCAACCUUCCGUUCAGUGUUAUGACUCAAGGUCCAGGCGGUAGAUUCACAAUCAGUGCAAGGAAUGACAAGAACUUCUCAAUGUCAUAUCCAAAGAGUCUUAGCCUGACAACUGGAACAUAUAGCAAUGGAACUGUGACCAUUACGCCGCCAUCUGACACAACAUCAGGAACUGAUGUAACUUUGACUUUGGAAGCUAAAUCACUCAAUGGUGUUGACUCCAAUUAUGCCGUCCUGAGAUUAUCUGUUGUUACGAAGAUUACCGAUUUUGUCCAGCCUGUGUGUGAAGUCGUAAGCGUGUCGGCUGAUGACUGCCCCCAAGAUGUGUCUCAGUGUACAUUUUUCAAGUGGGAGUUAUCCGCCAACCUCACUGAUGGAAACGGAUCAGGAAUAGCGGCCAUUUCCCUUCGUCAAGGCGAUGGAACUCUGUCAUACACCUCUCUAAGCGCAGCUAGUAUCCAGGCGAGCUACAACGCCUCCUGCUGUUCUCAAAUUGUUGAGUUUGUAGCUAUUGAUGAAGUCGGCAACCUUGGCAAAUGUUAUCACUCUAUUGUACGAUCUGCUGGCCACGCGGCAUUAAGCUCGUCAGCCCUUUUGUGGUUGUGUCUCUUGGUGUCUGCUUGGAUUGUGAAAAGCUGAAGUGCAUGACUCUGGUUUCUCUAAUUGUAUUCAUCAAAUAUUAGACAAAAUGGCUGAACUUAUGGAAAGAAACAAAAAUCACCAUUUUGUUAUACACUGCAUGCGCAUUGGACAUAAUAAUCAAUAAAUCUGGAGAUAAUUGAUGCAAAAAGUUUUUUUUCAUUCUUAAAACAGUUCAUAAAAAAACAGCACAAUACUGUAUAAGCCCAAUGAAUCACAUUUAUGUAUACUGGAUAAAAUAUUACCACAACAGUUCUAUCUUGAAGAGUGCUAAUAAAGCCCAUAUUCUAUGAAAUAAGAGAUCAAUACUUACAUCUUUAAAUCAUAAUAAUUCUGUCAAAAGUCCCUUGUCAUUACCGUGGUGGAAGAAUAAUAAAAAAAUAACCUUUUGUGAGGGUACCUUAUACUCUCUUGUGCAGAUAAUUUUCUCGUCUACAGUAGUCUUCCAAAUAUGAAUCCUUUAGGUGGAAUUCUUUCAUAUCUACAAAUUUGUAAAUUUACCAGUUGCUAAGCUGUACCAUGUUCUUUGACUAAAAUGUGACAUUUAUUUUGUGGUUUUGGUGCCGAGAUGCAACAAUGUUGAACAGCUCGACACCCAAUUCCCAAUUUAUAAAACACUGUCAUAAACUUCCUAACCAGUUUACUUAAAGUAAGUCCAAGUUCAAUGAUUUGACUAGGUUGAGUAUGUUUUAGAUUACUGCACCUUCAGUACAAUUUACUAUUAGCACACAAUUAACUUACUAAUUUAACUUAUUUAAACUAUGCAAACUAUUAAAUAGCAUUAUUCAAAACAUUUUGCAUUGUACAAAAGUGCUUGAAAGGUAAUACAGUACUAAUUCAACACUCAGCAAAGAGAAUGCCAAAAGACCGAGAUUUGUUAUGCAAAAUUUACUUUGGAAGGGAAGACGAUAGAAAAAAUGAAAUACACCUGGUUCCUUAUUUUAUAACUACCAUAAAUAAAACUAAUAAAUGUAGUAAAAUAACUGGACAGGACAAUUUCUUUUCAUUUUACACAUCACCGAUAUCAGUUAUUUUUGUAAUCAAAAAGGCAAUCACAAAAAAAAAAAAAAGUAUUUACGAGUCUCAUGCCUUCAAACUCAAUUUUUUUUCCCCCAGUUUCAUGCAUAACAUAGGUCAAAGAGGGUCUACUACAUGGUUUGAUCUCGGUCUGUCCAGUUUUUAAUUGUAUUCAUUAGCCCUUGAAAAGCCAAAACCAGGAAUUCUAUCCAUUCAGCCAAUAUCUGAGCCGCUUAACCCCAAAAGGGUCGUGGGAAUGGUGGUGGCUAUCUCAGCUAUCUUCAGGUCAAGCCACCCAAUUGCAGGACGCGCAGAAACAAACAACCAUUCGCACUCACAAUCACAUUUCAGGGCAAUUUUGAGUAUCCAAGGAAUGCACGUUUUUGGAUGUGGGAGGAAACCGAAUUGCCCGGAGAAAACCCACAUAGGCACGUGGAGAACAUGCUAACUCCACACAGGCAGGGCUGGGAUUUGAACCCCAGUCCUCAGAAGUGUGAGGCAGAAGUCCAAUGUGCUGCCCCAGGAAAACUAGCCAAUCGUUUUGAAGUGUUAUUGUGAUGGAGUUAUUUUCAUUAUUCAAGUACAUUGCCCACUUCAUGCCUGGUACGCACCCACUUAACUGCAACUCGUGACGCUGUGUCGCGGUACUCAGUCUGCAUCAAGAGUAUUACUACGGUCACACACAAUCUUCUGGAGUUAUUGUGCAAAAACAUGGAGGGAAAAAUUGAUCAUCACUGUUUGUGUGCACCUAGGAUAUAUUGAUAACUUCUGCUACCAAUACUGCGGCUGUUAGAAAAAAGAGAAGGCCUAGAGAAUUGUGACCAAGGAAGGAGGUGUAUUUAAUAAGUAAUUGUUUCCAGCAGUCGGAUGUGCUUUAACAUCAACCAUUCUCGCAAUAGCAUUAG